AUGGUUCUCAAACGAAAGCGUUCCGACUCCGAGAUCUCCUCCAGCAGCUCCAUGCUCGCCUCGCCCCUCUCCACCAGCACCUUCAUGUCAAUAGACAGUGUCCAAUCCCAUCAACCUCAAAUAUCAACACCUUCCCUCUUCUCCUCACGCACCCGCAAACGCCACCGCGAUAAUCGUCCCUCGGAGGCCGAUGUCCAUCAUCACACACUAUCCAUUCUUUUCUCCGCGCAACAGCAGCAGCUGUCACCACCUCAACUAUACACCUCUCCUCCUUCAUUCCCGCAACAAACACCUGUGGCGUGUCUACCUGCUCGACAGUCGAGCUUGCAUUCGUUCUGGACGCUUCCUUCCAGUCGACAAUCCUUUUCUUCGACUGAUUCAUCAGAUACAUUAAUUUCUCCAAUGACGAUACCGGAUGCCGAUUCGUUCUUUCGGUCGACCAGUUGUGAGGACUGCGAUGCAUCACUCAACCCAGAAAAGAACGGAGAAGCGAUGGAUGUGGAUGUCAUGAUGGACGUCAAUAUAGCGGGAGGGUUGAAUCACGCAUGCACAGGCUGUGGAAAGCAAGUUUGCCAUGGAUGUGCCGUCAGUAAUUUGGGGGCGGAUAGGAAGUGCUUGAUGUGUGCUGGGAAGAAAAAAUGGAUUGGGGGUCUGGGCUGGAUGAGGAUGGAUUGA